AUGGGUGAUCAAGCACCACCUCCAUACUCCUUGACCGAGUCUACCUGUGCAGAUUCCUCUUCUUCGUCCUCACAGGUGAACCCGCGAUCUCUUACGUCAUAUCUCAACUCCCAUAUUGCAGCACUCCCAAAUCGCAUAAGGCAGAAUCGACAAGCCCGUAAUGCACAACAGGUCGAAACUGAUGUAUGGAUCUUGGAACACCUGACACCUAUCAUCGACUCGUUCCUCACAGAUCUAAGCGCUCAUCGGACAGCGCCGGCAUUGGCCACGUUGAUCAUGGUUCCAAACAGUGCUGUGCCUACGGAUGCUGUUCUAAGUGGGAUUGAGGAUAUGUUCAAACGUCAAGAUGAAGUAGGCAGAAUCUUCAGAGUCGACAUACAGCAAGAGGAGAAGAAAAAUAUGGACUCUAAGAGCCCGGCAUCGUUAUCCACCGGGAAGGAAACAUCGAGUUACCGAGAGUUCACGGAUUGGGGACGAUGGGGCGACUCAGACCCCGUUUCUACAAGACCUUCGGAUAUUUUAUGGUGGAAGGAUGAAGAGCUCGCGCGGCGUCUGGCGUCGUACCUACAACCUCCGAGCAGACCAAAACCAAAAGCAACAGCUCGAGGUCCAGUACAGGCCGCCGCGGAACGGUCCAUACCUGCUGAGAAACCGAAGAAAGGCUGGGGUCUAGGCUGGCGGCGUUCGAGUACCUCCACCCCGAACGGAGACUCGUCGACGGUCUCACUACCCGUAUCUGCCGAUAACAGCAAAGGGCGUCGUGGCACUGUUGAGGGAGGUGAUGUAGCCGGUGCUACUGGAGACCAGCGGGACAGUGGUAAAACAGCGGAAAUGAACGUCACAACUGAAGAGUUGGCAUUCCGACGCGAGAACGAGUUUGGUAUUUGGGAGAGUACUAGUGGCUGGGCUCUAGUAGUUACCGUGAAGGUGUACUCCUAG